UUCAAGAUGAAAAAGAUCAGUCCGAUUUCCUUUAAUUCAAGGUUAGGAUUGACCACUGGUGCUGUUCCAUCUCAUUAUUCCACUGCAUGGUCUCAGUGUAUCCUCAUCUGUGAGUAGGCUAACAGCAUGUGUGCUGGUCUUUGCAGUGAAAAUCAAAGUCAGCUCAGGAAGACAAUUCAGCAAUUCUUGUUUAAUAUAAUUGUUUUUUUCCUAGCCCCUCCACAGUCUCCCCUCACACCCUCCCCCAGUUCCUUGUUGUGUGUUGGGCCUGUGGUAACUGUACCACAGCCGAGCUCUGAGAUGGGACCUUCAGUACCCUGGCAGUUGCUCAGAGCUGCCUUUAUGCUUUUCACCUCUCCCCCUUGGCAGGUAGCUGGGCACACACACCUGCAGGCACCAGAGCAGCUGUGGUGAGCGCAUGUUCUCCUGCACAUCAGCAGGUAUUUUGAAACUGAAAUUUCUCUGCUCCACUUGCUUUAGAUUCCUUCUCAAGCUCUUUGGCUCCCAGCUGCUGGAGUCUGAAGGUUUGGAAGGACAUCGUUCUCUGACCCUGAAAAGUCUGGACUUUUUGUCAGUGACCUACUUAAAGGAAUCCAAGGAAUUUAUAGUUUUAGCUUCCUUGCCAUUACUUUUUUGUUGUGUGUACCUCUUGAUCGGUGGUUUUAGAUCAAGAAACACUAUGAGCACAACUCAACGAAAGCGCCGUGGGGGAGCAGUUAAUUCUAGGCAAGCUCGAAAAAGAAGCAGGCUCACGGCUUCUACUGCAGAAAUGGCGUCAGAAGCAGAGCCAAUAGAACUUGAAGAAAGUGCUGGUGAAGAAGUAGUAGAUCUCACAUGUGAAUCUUCAGAUCCUGUGGUUGUUGAUCUAACUCACAAUGAUUCCGUUGUGAUUGUUGAAGAGAAUCAACGACAAAGGAGAAAUCUCAGACUAAGAAGCCAGCGACAGUCGGACAGCUGUGUACUGAGUAGCGAUGAUGAAGAUGAAACAAGAGAUAAUGAUGUGUAUGUGACUGAAAAAGUGUCUCGAGAACUGGGACCACUGGAAGAGGAAACUGAAAGCACUAAGCCGUCUGGUACUGUUAGCUGUCCCAUUUGCAUGGAUGUCUACUCAGAGAUUGUGCAAAGUGGACGACUGAUUGUGUCAACAAAAUGUGGCCAUGUCUUCUGCAGUCAGUGCCUCCGUGAUUCCCUUAGGAAUGCCAACUCUUGCCCAACCUGCAGGAAGAAACUCACUCACAGACAAUAUCAUCCCAUUUAUAUAUGAGUACUUUUACUUCUCAGGACAGUCUCAAUGGAUUUUGGGGGAAAAUGUCAUGUUUUCAGUGCUCUGAAGAUUUAAAGAGCAACAGGUUGUGCACAAAUCCAAAUAAAAUCGUUUUGGUGUUUUUUUGGAGAACGACUUGUAUGUAUCUAGACAACUUUUUUUUAUGGUCCAAGCUGCUUCUUGUUAUGUUCCUUGUUAUAAUGUUUUAUCAAUGACUGUCUAUAAACUAGACUAGCAGCCUAGACCAGGAAGGAAGCAAUUAAUCAAUUUUCUUCUACUUUUUCUAAUGCUAAAAUGAGGGGGCCUGAAUAUUUUGUUUUUUCUUACUCUAUAAAUUAUUCCCACCGUCACAUAUAGAUAUGGAAUAGUUUCCUUUUCAGAAGACAGAUUAUCAAUUUACCAUUUAAUUACACUUUUGUUUUUGUCCUGUAAGAAGUUCACAACUCUUACUUUCCUGCAUGUCAUCUUUGCCCAAGUAGAGUAAGUUCUGUACUGAUGGCUUGUGUUUUCAUAAACAAGGCUUAAAUUGACAAUGAAGGUUAUGCAAUAAAAUAACCUGCUGUUGACCAGCAGUCAGGUGUUUUGAGCAGAAGGCUUGAACAUGUAGAUGUUUUUAUGAACUCCAUGAGAUCUAAAGUACGUAGAAAUGUUGCAACAUGUACAAUGUGAAAAUACUUCUUUGAUUGUUUUAACUCCCAAGAAUUCCUGUAUUUGAAUCCAAACACUGAAUUUAUUUUCUAACAUGAUGAGGUGGUCUCUUGGGUUUACUGCUGUGCUGUAACACUCUCUCCUAAUAACUAAUGAGAAUAUAGACUUCUCUAGGCUUCCGAGUGAUGAAUAAGAAGCAAACUGUAUGCUGUCCUCUUGUCAGGUGAAUACCAAACUACCUACAGAUCUUCUUACUGUGUCAGCUGUUCCCUGUUUAAUGCUUUGAGUGUGUUUGCUUUACUGUUCUCUCUGGUUGUUACACUGAUACUUGACUGGUUGUAGCCUGGUGCAUAGGAUUGAAAAUUAAAUAACCGUACUGCCGUGGAUUUAGGAAGUGGAGGCUUUAGAAGGUGUUUGGUUGCAAUGUUAACUUGACAGCUUUUUGAGAGAGAAGUUUAGUCACUCUUUGCCCUGAGGGUUGCCCAGCUUUCUUUAAAUGUGUAUUUUUAAAAAAGAAGAGAAGGCGGAUAUAUGUCCUAGGAGAGAGAAUUCCUCUAUUUCAGAAGGCAAGAAUACACCAGUUUAUGUACUGUUAUCAAGUUACUUUUUUUUCACCCCAGAACUGAGUUCUAAAUGUCUACUUCAAGUCUGUUACUAAAUGUGCAAGCUGAUGUAGAAUCCUAGAUGAGCCGAUACAAACAGGUUUAUGUAGACAAGAUGAUAAAAAUAGGUGUUUUAUGAUCCACAUUUGCAGUAGGCGUAUCUGUGAAAAAGUCCAGAAUUAACCUUGGACACCUUUUGGCAGUUGGUUGAUUAUGGAAACCAUUAUAAGAACCAUUCUGUGCCCUGGUGCAGCACAACUGUAGGAUAUGUCUUUGCUAACCUGUCCUAGGGAUCUGUAGGAAGUCUUUAAUUACAGCAGCUCUUGUAAUUAGCUGUUUCAAGAUCUUUCUUAAAGUUUGCAACCCAAAGUAAAGUUGAUUUUUUUCUUUUUUUUUUUUAAAUGAGGAUGUUUAGGGAUGUUUCUGGAUAUAGCAAUACAAAGUUUUGUUCUGUAAAUUCUGUCUGAAGAAAUGCAGUACCUUCCCCACCCUGGUUUGGAAUAGCUUUGGUUCAGCACUGUUAGCAGGAAUAUGCAGUUUCUGCAUUGUGGCUGUAGGGUGACUCCUGCAAAGUUACACACAUUCAGUUCCUGUGUGCUCCCACUGGUAAUGGAAACUACAGGCAAGGACUACAGCUGUCUUAGGGUAGUGUGGUGAUGGUGACGGCUGCAUUUGUGUCCCAAAAAGCAGAUAGUCAAUGCUUAAAGCAUUAACUGUGUGAAGAGAAAAAAACCAACAUUAAAAGAGUCAAGACCCUUAAGGGUCACAGGAACAGCUUUCUCCAAGUAGCUUAAGAAACAAAUAAUACUAAAUUAUGGCCAGUUUUCUUUGGGUGACUGCUUCUUGAGAAAAACGAUCAAAAGAGGAUUUAAGGGAUUACUUCUGGGGAUGAGGGUGAGUUCCUUAACCAUGCAUCUUUCACAGUGUACUAGCCAUAGCCUAAAUGACUUUGCACAACUCCCUCCAUGUAAAUAACACUUUACAGUUAGUGUCUCCAUAAAUAGAUUUAAUUGAAAUUUAGAUAUCAUAAACUAUAAAAUAACAAGACAAAACAUUUUUAGCUUUUGUGUACCCUGUGAAGUGCCACAAAUUUUGUGCAUCUCAAAAUGGAUAUUAUGCCUCAGUAAAUGGAAAAAAUAGGAAAUUCAUUACAUGCUUUCUUUUUAAGGGGAAAAAAGAAAAAAAUCUGAAUAUACUUGAGUUCCAGUAAUGUUUUGCAUUGGCAAGAACUCAUAGAUACAGGAAAAAAGUCUUUAUAAUAUGUAGAUGUCUGUCUUGCUGUAUAUAGUUCAAUUUUUCCUGUAUUUAACUGUAUUCGAGUCUGUCUGCCCAUCUGUGUUGGACUCUGCUGGUAAGCAAAGGUGUCUCUUAACAGGUGGAAAUAAAACUCUUGGUUUGACCAAU